GGAAUGUGACCCACGAGUGUCGGCAACGGAGCACCCCUCGCGUGGCUCCCAGGGUCCCAGUUGCUGCCGGUCGGUCUGGGCGGGUUUGGCUCGGGAGCUGCUGGAUUGCUGCGCACCGGACUGGGGCACCCGGGCAGGCCCAGGUAGACACGCCCCUUAAAGAUGACCCUUCCCUCCUGAGAAGCAGGACCACUCAAAUAGGAAGCAGACUUCCUCAAGGAGAAUAUGAAAGUUCUACUCAGGCUCCUCUGUCUCAUCGUCCCUCUGCUCUCACUGGAGACCGAUGAAUGUAAGGAGUAUUUGCACAAGAUAAUUUUAUUUUCAUCUGCAAAUGAAAUUGAUAUCCGUGACUGUCCUCUUACCUUGAAUGAAAAGCAUGGCGCUGUAAUCUGGUAUAAAAAUGACAGCAAGACACCCAUAUCCAUGGAGCUGGGCUCCAGGAUUCAUCAGCAAAAAGAGCGGCUUUGGUUUGUUCCUGCCAAGAUGGAGGACUCUGGACACUACUACUGUGUAGCAAGAAACUCAACCCACUGUCUCAGAACUAAAGUAACUGUGAAGGUUUUAGAAAAUGACCCCGGCCUGUGUUACAACGCACAAGCUACCUUCAGACAGCGUCUCCACAUCGCAGGGGAUGGAAGUCUCGUAUGCCCUUAUCUGGACUUCUUUAAAGAUGAGAAGAACCAGUUACCCAAAGUUCAGUGGUAUAAGGAUUGCAAACCAUUGCCUCUUGACAACAUAAACUUCUUUGGAGCCAAAAAUAAACUAAUGGUGAGGAACGUGACCGAAGAACACGGAGGGAACUAUACUUGCCACGUGUCCUACACAUACCUGGGGACACCGUACCCAGUCACCCGAGUGAUAGAAUUUAUCACAAUAGGUGACAACAAGAAUGAUAGGCCUGUGAUUGUGAGCCCGCGGAAUGAGACCCUAGAGGUAGCCCCAGGGUCCAGGAUACAACUGGUCUGCAAUGUCACGGGCCAGGCCACCGACCUUGUCUACUGGAAGUGGAAUGGAUCAGAAAUUGAGGAGAAUGAUCCAUUCCUAGUAGAAGACUACCAACUUGUGGAGCGCCCUUCAGCCAGAAGAAAGCAUACACUCAUUACAACACUUAAUAUUUCAGUAGUCCAAAGUCAUUUCUAUCGGCAUCCAUUUACCUGUUUCGUGAAGAACUCAAAUAUUAUAGAGUCGGCACAUGUCAAAUUAAUAUAUCCAGUCCCUGAUUUCAAGAAUUACAUCAUUGGGACCUUUGUCAUCUUAACGGCUACAAUCAUAUGCUGUGUUUUCAUCUAUAAAAUCUUCAAAGUUGACAUUGUGCUUUGGUACAGGGAUGCUUGCUCUGAUUUUCUCCCCCCAAAAGCUUCAGAUGGAAAGGCCUAUGAUGCGUAUAUUCUUUAUCCUAAGACCUUCAGAGAGGGACCAUCUUCAAACUUAGAUACUUUUGUGUUUAAACUGUUGCCAGAAGUCUUGGAGGGGCAGUUUGGAUACAAGUUGUUCAUUUGUGGAAGGGAUGACUAUGCUGGAGAAGACACUAUCGAGGUUACUAAUGAAUACGUAAAGAAAAGCAGGAGGCUGAUUAUCAUUUUAAUGAGAGACAUGGGAGGCUUCAGCUGGCUGAGUCACUCAUCCGAAGAGCAGAUAGCUAUAUACAACGCUCUAGUCCGGGAAGGAAUUAAAGUUGUCCUGCUGGAGUUGGAGAAAAUCCAAGACUAUGAGAAAAUGCCAGAAUCUAUUCAAUUCAUUAAGCGGAAACACGGAGCCAUUUGCUGGUCAGGGGACUUCAAAGAGAGAACACAGCAUGCAAAGACCAGGUUCUGGAAAAACGUAAGAUACCACAUGCCUGCCCCACGGCAAUCAUCACUGUCCAGACACCAUUUACUAACCCAGGAUCCUGUGCUAGCCACUAAGGAGAAGCUGCAGGCGGAGACUCACUUACCAAUCGGCUAGUGUGGCUGAAGCGGACCAAGAACUUUGGGAUGCCUCCUGUCACAAGACGCUGAAGCUAGGCUGUGCCGCCCAGUGACGUGUACUGUCAUAAAAACACACUAGCGUAGUCCCUUAUCCCCCAGGUCACCUGGAAUCAUAUUGUUCAGGGGAUAGGACUUGGUGACAGUAGUGGGCUAGGACAGUUCAGAGCGAGCGUUUGGGAAGCUGCUCAGGGAAGCCGCUCUGGAUGCUUGCUUGCCAACUGUUGAGGCAGUGAAUUGGGAGGAUCAAGGUUCAAGGAGUGGGCCUCAUCUGUGGGCGGUUUAACUAAAUUCUGUGCAGCCUCACAACAGGACUGUGGUUGUCCGAGGACACUUUGGGGGUCACUGGUAAAGAAGUGAUUCCCCCAAGACCUUGGAAGGCAUAACUAACUUCCUUGCGUUUUUCCAGACACCUCGACCGCCAAGUUUCAAAGACUAAACUUUAUUUUGUAGACCUUGGAGACCGUCGUUUCAACAAAGGAACCCUCUAGGGUUCUCUCCACAGCUGUUAAGCGUAGAAGGAAGCCACCUACAAGUUUCUUCUGUUCGCGUGUCCACCCUGGAAUGGCUGCUGAAUCGCCUGUACCUGUGCACUUUAGUCAUUGCUUCUCUGGAAAUGCAGCUUUGCCCUGCUCCCAGCUCUGCCACAAGCACAGCCCCAGCGUGAGUGGGAGCCUACACCCCCACGCACUCUGCUUACCUCACCCGCUGGAGUGCAAGCGCAGAUGCUGAAGCCUACACAGCCUUCCUCCCCAUGGUGUCCCCUGCCAGGGCCCUCUCCUGCCCCUCACCAUCCACCAUGUCACUGCAGCACAGCCUCAGGAGACAGUGCCUCUGCUCUCUGCUCACCUCUGUGUUUGCUGAGCUUCCCACUCCCUGUGACUAGAAUUCGCUCUUUCGUUUUCUUCACCUGACAAGGGAUUUGCCCACGUUCAAAGUUUAUUUCAGCGCUAAAAUCCUCAAGUGCCUAAUCUCUCCUUCCUCUAAGUCUUGGUCACCUCCUGUCCUGCCGGGACAUUGCUGCCUGCUGCUGGUUACCUUAGAAGGGGACUGCUUUGCUGGCAGCAAUCAGUCUACCCUGAGGAGGAGGUGGUAGUAGUAGUAGGUGUCCUUCUCUGUCCUUCACUGCUUUCUGGAAUGUGAACACGGCAUAGGUUAGCCAAGGCCUUUAUUUUAAAAUGCUCUUGGUUUAAUUGUAUUUACAAUUUGCAAUUAUUCUAUUUUUAUAUAUAGAUCAGGGACACUGACUCAUUUAACACGAUCACUCUUUUAACUCUACUGGACCUGGGCCUUGAACUUGAACUUUCUGGUUUCUAUCCCUGUGCUCCAACUUUUUAAUUUCACAUCCGUCACUGUCCGCUCACCCUUACUCAGUCCUCCUGGGAGAAGAUGUGAGUGUUUUCAUAGGAAGCAACCAAGUUUGGGAAUAUUUCUGCAGAAGGAACAAACGCAGUCCUUUUCGGUGCAGGGAGGAAUUUCAACAUGAUGUUUUUAUUUUCAAAGUCCCUAAAGGUCAGCAUUUCUUCUUCAAAAAUGAAAGCAAAUUGGUUUCUGUGGUACAGAGGUUUCCUGUUUGUUUGUUUUUUUUACUUGAUGACUGUCUCCAGAAUGAUCCUGAUAGUUCUGGAAGAUUGCAAAGCCAGGUUCACAUGCCAAGAAGAAACCCACAGUUUUAAGGGUUGUAUGAACACGGAUAUCCUUCUGUCUUUUAUUUUUGAACAUCUGCACUGGGUGAGCACAAAUAUUAUCUAAAAAGCAUCUUCUCACCUACAUAGAGAUAAACAAGUCCCACAGUUUGGGAUUUUGACUCUAUUUUCAACUUCUUUUUGUUCUGGAUCCAACCCGAAUGGAUGGGUCACUGGAUUGCUGGGUCGGAGAAAGGAAGGCUGUCCCAGAUGGCAGCCAGAUCGGGUUUUUUUUUUUUUUUUUUGGUCAGUUAUCCAGGAAAUAUAUUGGCAUCCAUGUAUAUUAUGAGUGAAUUAGAGCUGGUGGGAAACUUGGCCAGAAAGUAUAAUGAGAGGGCCACAAAUAGUGUGACACCAAGAUCUGUGAUGGGGAUAAGAGCAGAGGCCAGGCCUGAGCCAAGAAAGACCCUGGAUGGAAUGGUAGCAUCAUACCCGGUCCCCAGGGGAGGGUGAAGAGGCUGAAUCCUCAUAUCCAGGCAGUGGGGGCUCCCUUUGACUUAACCCUCCUCCUCCCCAGAAGUAUCUGACUUAAGCUAUAGCUCAUGACUUCCCCAUUGCGAUGAUUUCACUGUGCUUUCUUACGGUGUUUUAAAAAGGCCAACCAAGUGUUGCAGAAGUUUGCACAUGCAACAAUGUAUUAAUUACCAGUGUUUAAAACUGGUUUAGCAGAAUGUACAUUUUUCUCCCUCCUGCCUUUUGAAUUUUACUUAUGAUAGGAAAAAUAUGAGCCAUUUUAAUGACUUUUUAAAUAAAUUAUAUUUAUACUGAUCUAUAAUGAAGGUUUUUUUUUUA